UACUAGAUCCUGCCAGUUCUCAAACUGCGGAGCUCCGCCUGACGCCGUUCCGUUGCGCUCCGCGUGGGGGCGCGCGCGACGGAGUUUGCCCGGCAAGUUGCGGCAAGUCGCGGCAGACACGGACGCCCGGACGACCGUUGCAAACAGCCCGCUGCAGUGCGCUUGGUAAUGUUUGCGCGAGUACCCGCAGACGUUUGUGGACCGUGCUGGCAAGUGUAUGAACCAUGCCACGCUGUUUCGUGCCCGGGUGUAAAAGCGGGUACGAUUCCGUUCUACCUUCAGGUGAGAAGAGACAUUUUUUCAGGCCGCCCCGAGACGCCGAACGCCUUGCGCUAUGGCAGCGAGCAGUACCCAGGCAGGACAAAAAGCUUUCAAGCACGUGCUCUGUUUGUGACCUUCACUUCCGCGAUGGGGACAUUUCGAAAGUCUUCGAGCACAACAUUUCUGGUGAGCUGGUAACGAUUCCGCGCGACAAAUGGGCACUGAAAGACGACGCCGUGCCUCGGCUGUUUCCGAAUUGCCCGAGCUACCUUUCGAAACCGACACGGAAGCGCAAGGCUCCUGCUCGCAGACUCUCCCCGGCAAAAAGCAAGCGUCGAAAAGGACAAGGUGAGCAGUUGAUUUCAGCAGUUGGUGAUAGCAACAACGAAGCAGAAAACAUCGGGACGACGGAUAGUAGUGAACCUUUGUUUGACAUGCUAACUCGCUUGGCCGAAGGGGGACAGAAGAUUGAAGGUUGGUUUCUUGGCGUUGCUGAACAAACGGCACUACUGUACAAGCUUAGCAUAAGAAGUAACAUUCCCCGUGUGGAAACGUCAGUGGCGCUGUCGGAGAACCUCGAAGUAACUGUCUGCGCAAAUGGUCGAAUCGUGCCUCGCAGCGUCUACGCCGGGGAGCCGAGCAUUAAAAUGAACUCGUUUGAUGACUUGAAAUGUUUCAUCCGGUACAUUGAAAAGCUUAAGCUGUGCCAGGGAUGCCCUGCUGCAAAGUACCCGAAGAUCGCAUCAUCACUGGUGGCCACAAAAGAAGGUGAAAAGUGGAGACGCAACACGUGCACUGUAUUGAGCUUUAACGCUACAUGUGCUCAAUGUAGGACCUUGAACAAGCUUUUUCUGCAACGUACAAAGCAGCGCGAAGACUGCAGGAAAAAGCAGAGGGUUUGCUUGAAGUCGCUUCGGCGUAGAGCAAUUCGCGCGACCUCAAGGCGAGAAAAAAUGAAAGAAGAACUUGUUUUGAUGAAGAAGCAGCUGUGUGCCGUUACGGAGGAAGCAAUUGACAGCACUCUUAGCGUUCUUCCAGCCAGGCAGCAGUUGGCCUUUAAAACAGCUGUCAUGGCGGCGAAAGUGAAGUCGAGAAAUGGUCGGCGAUAUGAUGCCGAGUGGCUCAUGACAUGUCUUCUACUGCACAUCUCAAGCCCGAAAGCCUACUCUUUGAUUGCUGACAUGCAACUGUUACCGCUGCCAUCAAAGGCUCGUCUUCGCCAAAUAAUAAAAGGCAUUCCAUGCAAAUAUGGUUUUAAUCAAGUUGCGCUUCACAGCAUCAAAGGCCAUUUCGCUGAUAAAGUACAUCUAAGACGGCUAGGAGUAUUGCUCCUUGACGAGGUCAAGUUGAAGCAGGGCGUCUCCUUCAAUAAGGCCUCAUGCAAAAUGGACGGCUUUGUGGACUAUGGCGAGGUUACAGCACCAAGCUCAGAUAAACUUGCCGACCACGCAUUGGUACUGAUGUUCGUGCCACUAUUCGAAGACUGGGUGCAGCCAGUCGCCAGCUUUGCAACAAAGGGAGCAGCUCCUGGGAAAGUCCUUACAGAACUUGUCAUGAGUGCUAUUCUGGAACUUCAUAAGAACAAUGCAUCAGUGCUGGCUGUGAUUAGUGACGGGGCUGGCAACAACAGAUCUAUGUGGAGCCAGUUUGGAGUUUCAGGCAAACUUGAUGCACCGCGCCAUUUUAUUGAACAUCCCUGGGAGCCGUCGCAGAAUAUCUACUUCAUAUGUGAUGUGCCACACAUCGUCAAGUGUAUUAGGAAUCACCUGAGGAAGCACACAUACGGAAUGGCAGGCAACCUUCGCAUCAAUUUUGGGCAUUAUGUGACCCUCUAUGAAACAGAGAAAAAUAAGCAUGUCCGAGUCGUGCCUAAACUCACCGAGGCACAUGUUGCCCCUGACAACUUAAGAAAAAUGAGUGUCAGACUGGCUACUCAGCUCUUCAGCCGUGGGACAGCCGUUGGAAUACGCGUCUACAGGGAAGCAAAGGUCGCUGGCUUAGAAGAUUCAGAAGGCACUGAGACCUUUACAAGAAUGCUGAACGACGUAUUCGAUGCGCUCAACAUAAAGCUUCCGUCCCGGGGAAUCAGGCGCAAUUCCAAGGAGAUACAGGCAAGCAGCUCAACCAAUCUUUCUGGAGCCUAGUAUCACCAGUACGUAUGCCGUCAAUUAACAUCAUUGUUCAAUCAAUUAUUUUUUUUUCAGAUCAUAAAGCAAUUCCUGGACGUCUUAAAUGUGACUGAGAAAAAUGCAUUGGAGAAAGGCACAAAGCUUUUUGCCUCUCAACUGACAACGGAGUCCCUACGUGUAACGUUGUUGUCUACGCUAGACAUCAUAAGUUAUCUCUUCAACAAGGACGCAGCGUACGUGUUGACUGCCAAGCUAAACCAGGACCCCUUGGAGCGGCAUUUCGGUCUCGCACGUUCAUUUGGAGGUGAUGAGUCGCACCCUACAGUCGUGAAUUUUACACAGAUUUUCCGCCUGCUGAGCCUGUACACACCCAUCAAGACAGCGCUACGUGGAAGUGUUCAGGGCGAACCAAAUGCUGUGCUCGUUUCUGUGGAAGACACAUUGAAGACCGCUGGAGAAGCUCACAGGUCAAAAAGAGCUAGCUUGCGCACUGAGAUUGAAGCUAGGCUACUGGAAAUGACAUCAUUUCCAUGUAUUACUCCUGACCAAAUGAGUGAUGAGCACAGCUACUUCAGAGGUUCACCAGACGACAGUGUUGUGUACUACUUAGCUGGAUAUGUUGUACACAAAAUGACCAAGCGUAAAGAGUGCCAGUUGUGUCUACAGGACGUUAGUUCAGAAGCUCCUGUCAUUGGCUCUGAUGCAUACUUAACUACAUACCGGAGCUUCAAGGAAGGCAGCCUUAGGCACCCCAGCAUCAAGAUGCUACGCUUCAUCAGAGUUGUAAAUGAAUCUAUUUCAUUUUCUCUUGAUGAGGAAGGUCUCUGUGCGGACCUGUUUUGGAAGGUCUUGGACGAGUUGGAUGAGUGCGAUCUGACGAGGCUGGGUUGCGACCAGCACAAGCCCACGUUCACGUGUCAGGUCCUGUAUUUUUUCAUCGUGACACGAAUGCAUUUUUACGCCAGGGAUGUCAACCGACGCCUUCAAACCCGCGAGAAAGUUGCCAUCGCCACCAAGAAAGCUCGCCUAUUGUGAAGCCGUUGAACAUUUGCAUUGUGUGCGUGUGCCUUGGGCCUCGGCAAUAAACGCAUUUCGCGGCACUGAGAAUAAAAGUUCCUCUUUUUG